UGUAACAACAGUAUCGAUGGGCGUAACCUUUUGUGAAGAGGAAGCGUCAUCGAACAAUAAAAAAAGUUGUGAGAGGAUGGCAGACAAGGUUUUGGAUGGAGGACCAUGGACAGGAUGUGCUGUUCUGUUUCUGCAGUCCCUCUGUCCCGAUGUAAACCUGCUCACGCUCUACAAAGACCAACAGGGAAAGUUCAUCUUCUUUAAAGUCAUCAAACUGACGCUCAUAGAUUCUGCUGGUGGUCUGGCUGGUUAUGAGAUAAUAAAGGUUCAUGAUGCUGAUCCGUUCCUUGGAGUGGAGGUGAAGUUUAUGGAUUUAGCAGCGUGUCAGCACUUCCUGGAGUGCUACAGCUCAGGAGCAAUGCGGCAGUCCAUCUCCCAGCAUGCCUGUCGACUUCUAGCGCUGGCACAAGAGUUCACUGUGGAGACCCAGCUCAAGGCCGGUACACAGGUCUUGGAUCGAUGUUUGGAUAAGCUGGAACUUUGCCUACAGCACAUUCACCUGUCACAGCCAGAGCGCCUGCGUGACGAAGAGAUCGAUCAGCUUGAGCAACAGCUAGAGCGCGAGGUUCACUGGCCUGCUUCCCAGCAGAACUCUCUCAUUCAGGAAGUACCUAGCAACUGCUUCAAGUUUCAGAAUAAAGUUUUUGAGGAUCGAAUGCUGAUGACAGAAGAUGUUCAGAGCUUUGCUAAUGGAGUUGGCCGUCAUUGGAAGCAUGUGGGGAGGACCCUAGGGAGGGACUGUCGGGCUUUACAGGAUACUGCCAUUGACAACCUGGCCUACGAGUAUGCCAGAGAGGGUUUGUACGAACAGGCCUAUCAGCUGCUCAGGUGCUUCAUGCAGUCAGAGGGCAGGGCGGCCAAGCUGAGCCGGCUGGUCAAAGCACUGGAGGAUUGCAAACUCACCGGCCUGGCUGAAGCUAUUCUGGGCGUACAACUACGAGACUAAUGCUGGGCACUUUUGUACGAUCACAGAGGUGGAGUCAUGGAGAAAGGGGGUGUGUUUUACCUCUAGUCACUACCUGAUUUUACCUACAGAAAGUCUGCUCUUCAUUGGUGACUCUCUGUGUGUGUGUGUGUGUGUGUGUGUGUGUGUGUGUGUGUGUGCGUGUGUGUGUGUGUGUGUGUGUGUGUGUGUGCGCGUGCGUGUGUGUGUGUGGGCUUGCUGUUAUUGCUUUUAUUUAGAUGAACUCUGCUGCAUGUGUGUGGAGUCUUUGUCCUGUUACAACUUCACCUUUGCUUUACAGAUGGAAUCUCAUUUCUAAUGACUGCACAAAUGAAGCUUCAUCAUUUUACCCUUACAAAAUGGGUGCACACAAAUUAAAUGGUUUGAAAAAAAUGUUCAUGUUUGUGUUUUAUGCAUUAGUGUAAUUAAAUCUGAUCAUUCUGUCCAAAUUC